AUGCACUCAUCCUCUGCUUCCCUCAUGAAACAAAACUACUGCAAGAUUCAGUUCAGGCCAAAGCUCUCUUAUACAGAUAUUUUCUCUGUUCUUUAUGCCUAUAUAAAACGGAACCAGAUGUCGACAAUCAUCAUGAGAGUCGACCUUGACUGCGACCGAUGCUACAAGAAGAUCAGAAAGGUCCUCUGCAAGCUCCAAGACAGAGAAAACAUCAAGAUGAUCUCGUACGACGAGAAGAGCAACACGGUGACGGUGUCCGGCUCGUUCGACGCCGAGGAGGUCGCCGACAGGCUCUGCUCCGAUGCUGGCAAGGUCAUCACCGACGUACAAGUCGCCAGAGGGAACCAGAUGAAGCCCGGCGCCAAGGUGGCGCCCAAGCAGCACGGCAAGGAGGGCCACGGCUACGGCGACGGCCCCGGCCCCCAAGCGCACGGUCACGGCGGCAAGCCGGAGAAGACCAAGCACGUCAAGUUCGGCAUGGACGACGACGGACGAAUCGAUCGGCACGGCCCUGGCCCGCAAGCGCACGGUCACGGCGGCAAGCCGGAGAAGACCAAGCACGUCCAGUUCGGCAUGGAGGACGACGAACGAAUCGAUCGGCGCGGCCACCACGACCAAGGCCACGGACAUGGACACGGCAACGGCCACGGCGGCAAGCCGAAGGUGGUAACUACCACGGCGAUGUCACGGAAUGAGGCCCCGCGCGCCCAGCAGCCGGCGUCCAUGACGGCCAUGGCGCCGAUGCGGAUGCCGACGCCGGCGCCUAGCAUGACGAUGAUGCCGCAGGCGAUGGCCACGCCGUCCAUCUGGCCGGCCGCCCCUGGGUGGGGGUACAGCGCACCCGCAUACGGACACGGGUACGCCGGAGGGGCACCUGCCGGCGGGUACUACGGCGGGCCCGUGUAUGACCACGGCGCGUACGGGGCGUACGUCGGAGGGUACGGCAGGAAUCCGUACCAGCCGCAGUGCUACGAGGAGGAGCCUAGUGCUGGGUGCAGCGUCAUGUGA